GGAACGCUUCUUCAACAACUGCAGCCACCUCGGUAGCUCGCUAGUCAACAAAGUCGGAACAGUCAAGUUCUUUAGACAAUUUCGUGGUUCACUUGCCACAAUGAUUUAAACAUACUUAUGUGGAAACAACUAGCUACCCCAUUUAAUUUAAUAUUUAAGUUGUAAGUCAACUAGCUGGCUGGUUAAGGUAGCACUAGUCUAGUCGCUAAUGCUAACUAGCUAACAUCCCCGAACAUGAGUUCACUAAACUACUCUCCUCCUGCUAAAGAAAAGAGGAUCUGCUGGACGGAGAAAGAAGUUCUCGUGAAAGAGGAGGAAGAAGAAGAGGCUGUUACAAUACAAAAACAAGUAGAGGGUGAGGCUGUUACAGUGAAAGAAGAAGAGAAAGACGUUACAGAGAAAGACGCCUUCAGAGUGAAAGAGGAGGAGGAGGAUGUUGCUUUGAAAGAAAAGGAGGAAGAUACAGUUUUUGGAAUGGAGGAUGAAGUGAAAGAAGAUGAAGACGUUUUUGGAAUGAAGGAUGAAGAGGGGGAGAUUACUGUCACAUUAGAGGAGGACGAAGAAGAGAAGACUGGAGAUCUGAUUUACACCAGUAAAUACAGAGAGAGUCGGGACUAUCAUGGAUCCUCUGGAGAUCCUCAACAAUAUCAUGAUGCUGAUGAGGCAGAGAGUCUCUCCAGAUCAGAACUCCGCAAGAAACACCAGCAGAGAUUUAUAGGGAAGAAAUCUCACUGCUGCUCUGACUGUGGGAAAAGAUUCAACUCUUCAUCAGACCUUAAAAUACAUCAACGAAUUCACACUGGAGAAAAACCUUAUGGCUGUGAUCACUGUGGGAAGAGUUUUACUACGUCUAGCUAUGUAACUAUACACCAGAGAACACACACAGGAGAGAAACCAUAUGUAUGUAGUCAAUGUGGGAAGAGUUUUAUACGGCUACAAACCCUGAAAGCACACCAUAGAAUACAUACUGGAGAAAAACCUUUUGGCUGUGAUCACUGUGAGAAGAGUUUUUCUACAUCUAGCUAUCAAAUUAUACACCAGAGAACACACACAGGAGAGAAACCAUAUAGCUGUAGUCAAUGUGGGAAGUGUUUUACUCACAUCAAAAGCCUGAUAGUACACCAGCGGACACACACAGGAGAGAAACCUUAUAGCUGUAAUCAAUGUGGGAAGAGUUUUUCCACAUCUAGCUAUGUAACUAUACACCAGAGAACACACACCGGAGAGAAACCUUAUAGCUGUAAUCAAUGUGGGAAGAGUUUUACUCAGCUAAACAGCCUGAUAGUACACCAGCGGACACACACUGGAGAGAAACCUUUUAACUGUGAUCAAUGUGGGAAGAGUUUUGCUACAUCUAGCUGUCUGGCGACACACCAGAGAACACACACAGGAGAGAAAUCUCUUAGCUGUAAUCAAUGUGGGAAGAGAUACUCUGAUAAAAGAUCUCUGAUUAAACAUCAGAAAAUACAUGGAGUUGUUUCAUGAUAUCAAUGAAAUUAUGUCUCAAUGUAGAACCUAAACGUUUGCCCCCUGUUCUAUUGAUUUCAGCAUGAUAUGGAUAUUAGCCUCGGGACAAAUCCAGGCUCUGAAUUGAUAAAGUACUAUUUAUAAGCUUUAACAAAAACUGACUAACAAAAAAUUAGUUGUGUUACACUUACCAUUUUGGUGACCCACUUGAAUUAAAAUGCAACACUUCAAAAUGUAGCGAGCUGUUUUCUACAAAUUGUCCUCUAACCAGGGAUGUACACAUUAUUCUCAGAUUCCAUGUGUUUUUUUAGCUCUUAACUCAUCGAUAUCAUGUUGAAAUCAAUUAUGACUGAUGCAUCACUCCAAAAUGUAGCUGACUGUCUUAUGCAGGUUGUCCUUUAACCAGUGAGGUGAAAGAUUUCUCCUUCCAUUAGUUUUUUUAGUUGUGUUAAUUUCAACAUUAGGUACAACCUGAUUUCCCCCCUAAUUGAUAUCAGUGAUUUAUUGCUACUUGUCAAAACAACAGUGUUUCUGGUGCUUGUGCAGUUAAACAAAAAAAGUAAGAUGAUUAUUGUGGCAGAUGUUUGUGUAUAUAGCACAUGUUAUGUUUUCAAUAUAUCACAAACUGUUUCUACAUAUUGGUUAUUGAUUUGGACAUGUUAAAACUGUGUUUUGUCAUUGGGGCUGUCCCACCUAGCAAAAUAUAAUUGAAAAGAUGUUGAAAGAAGACCAAUCGGUUGAAAGAUGUAUUUUCUGGUUGUUUUUUCAAUUACUUGAAAACAACUUAAAUUCAACGUACUUGCAGUCUAUACACAUGGACGCAGUAUAAUACGUCUAUAAUCAAUUGUAUUAACUAUCUUACGUCACUCCAGUAUUUCUUAACAAUAUUCAAGUGCUAAUUGACUUCAUUCCACAUCUGAAGAAGCAUGACUCAAAUCACCUCAUAUUUCAAACAUUCAGCCUGACAAAAGAUACGUUUUAUUAUUCCAUGCCUCACCAUUAAGUUAAUUAUUGCCAAUACAUAUUAACAAAGGGGUGUACAUUCAGUUUUGAUAUUUCAUAUUUACAAUUUAAUAAUCAAUCAUUUAUGCAAUCAACUGACCAUUUUUGGGUACAAUUAUAUUGACAUUGUUGCCCUACUUUUAUAAUAUCGGGGUUCAUUCUCACAUGUGGUUGCUGAUUGUCUAAAGGGUGGGCAGUCAAAAAGGUUUGUGUUUUGCGUUUAGCCAUUGCGUUGCCAUGGAUCCCAAUUGAUUUUGACUGCACGUUAUUUUGACAGAGUUCUAGAAGCUAGUGAGUUUUAGGAAGAUGAGAGUUCUAGAAGCUAGUGAGUUUUAGGAAGAUGAGAGUUCUAGAAGCUAGUGAGUUUUAGGAACACGAGAGUUCUAGAAGCUAGUGAGUUUUAGGAAGACGAGAGUUCUAGAAGCUAGUGAGUUUUAGGAACACGAGAGUUCUAGAAGCUAGUGAGUUUUUCAAAACUUGUGAGUUUUAGAAAGAAAAAGGAGAAAAAAUAUAAUAUAAUAAAAAUAUAUUUAAAAUGUGUUUUUGCUUGUUUUUAAUUGUUGCCUUCCAGUAGACACCAUGUUUAUAUUGGUGAAGCAUUGUAGUUGAUUAUAAUGUGAAAUGGAAGUUGUUUUCUGGUGGUGGUGAGCAAACAUGUCCAACAAAAAUAUAGGAUAUAUUUGUUGUCUUAAGGGGGCGAAGGUGUUACAGGCUUUGGUUUUUCCAUUUAUGUUUUGAGGUUGGACUUUAGCACAUAGGAAAGGGGUAUACCUAGUCAGUUGUACAACUAAAUGCAUUCAACUGAAAUGUGUCUUCGGUGCACUGAUUGGUGUCACCUAGUUAGUCAGUAUGUGUUACACCUGUGCUGGUCCAGGUUCUAUGUAAGAGUGUCUGGCCCAGUGCUCCAGUUGUCUUGAUAGAAGUGGAGAGGCAACAUCUUUAGUUGCGCUACCUUUUUGGUUUGCAUCCUGUCUUUAAGUGUGGUGUGGGUUUUUCUUUUGUAUCCCUCUUCUUGGGCAGAUUUAGCUGGUGUCGUGGUGGGUGUCUUUUAGGUCCCAGUUGUUGUUACUAGUCAACUUUCAGUGGACACCCCCAUAGUGUCUUUCAGAACCCCUCGAAAAACCCCACCUGUUUAGUUGUGGUUGUUAGUGACUCUUUGUUAGUUCCCUUUUCUGUUUGAGCAACGUUUUAUGGGGAACGUAAAAACAAACAAUGUAGUAAAACAAGCUUAUAUUUUGGGUUGGAUAUUGCAUCAUUUUUUUAGUUUUUUUGAAUCAAUGGCAUUUCCUUCGAAUGUUCAUUAGUCUUUCAGUUGUUAGUCUUCUGUUUUUUUAUCCUCAUGUGUACUAAAUAUUGUUUAUUUUCAUUGUUUUUCUCCUGUGAAGUCAUCGCGUUCCAUCCAUGUCUGAAAUGUGCUGUAUAAAUAAAGCUUGAUUUGAACAAA